CUGACUUCAACGUUAGUGUGAACAACACGAUUCUGUUUGUUGUCGUAAAAGGUGGACUGUUAAUUAAACGUGCUAUGACGUUUUUCGUUACAGUGUACAACACGGAGCUGAGCUUGUGUCGCAGACCAUUCUCAAUAGGCGCAGCAAUGGUGUCUAUUGAUUGUGACUGAAUAGGCCCGACACUGUUGUUUUCCCCCACAAUCUAUAUUUGUCGUGGUCACAUGUGAAGCGAAUACAUCUGGAUCUAGGUGGAUAUUCUCAGUUAGGACAAAUACACACUAUGGACGUGGAGGAGUUCCGAAAGAGAGGGAAGGAAAUGGUGGACUAUGUGGCUGAUUACUUGGAAAAUAUACGAGAGCGUCGUCCAUUCCCCACCGUCGCCCCGGGAUAUCUCAGAGAACUUAUCCCAGACCAUGCUCCCGAUGACCCAGAUAACUGGGAUGAUAUUUUCACCGAUAUUGAAAGAGUCAUCAUGCCUGGAGUGACCCACUGGCACUCACCACAGUUCCAUUCCUUUUUUCCGACUGCCAAUUCCUACCCUGCUAUUAUAGCUGACAUCCUCUCAGAUGGCAUUGGGUGUAUAGGUUUCACCUGGGCAUCAAGUCCAGCAUGCACAGAGUUGGAGGUUGUAGUUUUAGACUGGCUCGGUAAGAUGUUGGACCUUCCCCCAGCCUUUCUUUUCUCCUCUGGAGGGAAAGGAGGUGGCGUCAUAGAGGGUACAGCCAGUGAGGCCACACUAGUCACCCUACUGUCAGCCCGUACAAAGACCCUACGCCAGCACAACAAAUCUGGAGAUGGUCACCAUGACGAUGGAGCUGUCCUGUCAAAACUUGUCGCCUACUGCUCGGAUCAAGCCCACUCAUCCGUAGAAAGGGCUGGCCUUAUAGGAGCUGUCACAAUGAAGAAAUUGGAAACGGAUGAGAAGGGUUCACUAAGGGGGACCACUCUACAGCAAGCAAUCGAAAGGGACCGAGCAGCAGGUCUCAUUCCAUUUUAUCUGUGCGCCACCCUGGGAACCACUCUGUCCUGUGCGUUUGAUAACGUGUUGGAAUGUGGACCAGUGUGUCAGAAAGAGGGAAUAUGGAUGCACAUUGACGCAGCAUACGCUGGCAGUUCUUUCAUCUGUCCUGAGUUUCGACCAUUGUUGAAUGGUGUUGAGUAUGCAAUGUCUUUCAAUUUCAACCCACAUAAAUGGCUGAAAGUGAACUUUGAUUGUUCUACAUUAUGGGUACAGGAUAGCUCUCUGAUCAGUGAUGCUUUCAAUGUGGACCCUCUGUACCUCAAACAUGAAAACCAGGGCAAAAUGCCGGACUAUAGGCAUUGGCAGAUUCCACUGGGACGGCGCUUCAGAUCUCUCAAACUGUGGUUUGUUAUCAGGGCCUAUGGUCUGAAAGGUUUACAAGAAUAUAUACGAAAAGAUGUCCAGCUUGCCCAUGAUUUUGAGAAAUUAGUGAAGGCAGACGACAGAUUUGAGAUCUUUGGUGAAGUUGUAAUGGGCCUCGUCUGCUUCAGGUUGAAGGGAACCAAUGACCGCAAUGAAAAACUUCUCAAGGCGAUCAAUGAUGAUGGUAGGAUAAGCAUUGUUCCAUCCAGUGUCAAGGGCACAUACUUCCUUAGGUUGGCAAUCUGUAGUUCCAAAACCAACAAUGAUGAUAUCAACUUAGCAUGGAAAGUUAUUAGUGAAGUUACAGCAAAACUUCUCCAGGAAAAUGGAUGUUAAUAGGAAAAUGAUUUUGAUUAUCAUUUGAAAACAGGAUUUCGGUUAAAAAUUUGUGUUAUAUAAUGAGUUGAUAAGAAAUAGAUGCCAAAUGAUGUCCUCAAAGCACUAAGCUGACUAUUUUAUAGGCCCAUCCAAUGUUCCCCACUCCUUGUUAUAAUAAGAAGGAAAUGGUAUGUGGCCUCAUGCAGAAUCAGAGGGGUUUCUUCUUGAAUUAAAUACUGAAAAAAAAAAGAAAAAAAAAAAUGUGCCCCCAUU